CACAAAAGAGAGAGACACAAUUUAUAUAUAGCGAAAAUGUUGAUUUUCUUACCUUUUAGAUUUAGAAUUCCUUCCAAAAAUUUCUCAUUUUCCCCCGCACAUACAUACAUACAAGGAAAACCAAAAAAAUUAAAAUUCCUAUGGAAGCUGAUGUUUCUAUUCUCUCAGCAAUCUUGAGAGUGUAUCUUCUUUUUUUUUUUUGGUGAUUUUUCUUGAAAAUUGACAAGAGGGGUUGUUGUGAAUUUUAGUCUUAUUUUUUUGUGAAUUUCCUUGAAAUUAUUUAAAGGGGUUGUAGGGUUUUGAGAUUUGGGAAGUGGAAUGGUGAGUUCUUGGGUUUUUUUGUUCUUCAGUUAUGUGUCUUUAGUGGCUUCUGGAGCUCUUGGAAGUGUAAUUUUGAUUGGUAAAAACCUUACUUUGUCUUUUGAAGACAUUGAAGCUAAUUUUGCUCCCUCACCAAAGGGUUCAGGCAAAUGUGGAACAUUGUAUGUGGCAGAGCCUUUGGAUGCAUGCUCGACUUUGACUAACAAGAUUGAACCAACUAAUAACUUCACAAAAGAUCCAUUUGUGCUGAUAAUUAGGGGUGGAUGUAGCUUUGAGGAUAAAGUCAGAAAAGCACAAGCUGCGGGUUUUAAAGCAGCCAUUAUCUAUGACAAUGCAUAUGGUACUAUUAUUCCAAUGGCAGGAACCUCUACUGGUGUGAAGAUACUCGCACUGUUCGUUUCAAAAGCUUCUGGAGAAACACUCACAAAAUAUGCUGGUGACACUGAUAUGGAAGUAUGGAUAAUCCCAAGCUUGGAAAACUCAGCUUGGUCAAUCAUGGCUACGUCUUUCAUUUCAUUACUUGCUAUGUCGGCCGUGCUCGGGAUGUGUUUCUUUGUUCGCAGACAUCAUAUACGAAGAGAGAGGCCCCGAGCUUCUCGUGUCCGUGAAUUUCAUGGGAUUAGUAGUCGUUUGGUGAAAGCUAUGCCAAGUUUGAUAUUUACAUCAGUUGUGGAGGAUAAUUCUACAUCAGUAACAUGUGCUAUAUGCCUCGAAGAUUAUCGUGUGGGAAAUAAGCUUAGAGUUCUUCCGUGCCGGCACAAAUUUCAUACUGAUUGUGUUGAUACUUGGCUGACAUCAUGGAGAACCUUUUGCCCUGUUUGCAAACGGGAUGCAAGGACUAGCACUGGCGAACCACCAGCAUCAGAAUAUACACCAUUGCUUUCUUCCAGUCUGCGAUCUGGAUCUUCAAUGUCAUCUCUAAGGUCAUCAUUAGCAUCAUCAGCAGUAAUACAUAUAGGCACAGGAGCAUCUCGAUCGCCUUCCGUUUCUCGUUCUCAAUCAAUCUCUAGCUCUCAUAACCAGCACUCUCUUUGGUCCUACCACCCGUCACCUCAUUUUGCUAUAAGCCGAAGUUCACUCGACUUUCAAAAUGCAUCUUCGCAAAGAUCUGGUGCAUCUUACUUAAUUUCAUCUAACUCAUUGGGUUAUCCUUCUCUAUCACCUCUUAAUUCAAGAUAUAUUGGAUCAACAAGUCAGCAUCAUAACCCACUGUACCACAGUGAGUCAAUUACAAGCUUUUCACCAUUUGUAUCAGCUAACUCUCUUCCCGGAUGUGAGUCAUGAUUUAGUUGAUCGUUGGUAACAUUAGUCGAAUUUGUGAAGCCUCUUACCAGGAACACAGUGGUCGGAUUAUACUGACCACAAAUUACAGCUGAAGACAAUGGAACUGAUUCGUAUUGGUUGCUGUGGCAUCUGGACACAGGAAAUACAACAGGUAACUCUCGAUUUCUGCAUUAUUGCUCAACACUUCUGUAAUAUUGAUUUAGUAGUUGGAUAGGUUUGGUAUUUAUAUCUGGAGGUUUUUGCUGAGUGUACAUGCCUAAAGAUGGGUGCUUUUUGCGGUACGCGUUGGCCCCUCUUUUGUUUAAUUGUUUUUCCUUUUUCUUUUUCUCCUUUUUUCCCCGUUUCUCCGAUGGUUUUUAGCCAUGUCCACUGAUAGAUGGUUGAGGCCUUUAGUUGCAUGUAAAUAUCUAUGUCAGUCAGAUGACUUUUUCUGUUUUUAGUUUUUGAAAGGAAUAAAGAGUAUCCGAAAACCCUUUUUUUUUUU